GGAGGAAAGGGCUAACAAUUAGGGGGAAUAGGAGAGCGCAGAAGGACCAGCAGGGCCAAUCGGCUUUGUUUUCAUCGUGUGCUCACUGUUUUGGAGCUGUGCUGACUGAAACGAGGCAGGCAUGGCAGAGGACCGGUAUGUGUUUGAGACGGAGUGGUACGACCCCCAGGCGGAGCUGCAGAGGAAAUACCUACUCACCUUCUACCUCAAAGACAACACCAUCGAAAUGGUACGGAUGGUCACACGCACGGCGCUUUACAGUGCAGUGCACUAACAGCUCUUCCCCCAUUGCAGAUGGACAUCGUGAUGUUGUAUGUUGAUUGCGUGUGUUGCUGUGUAUGUGCGCAGUAUGACGUCAAGAACCACAGGAUGUUUCUGAAGCGCACGUGCUACCCCUCCGUGGAGCUGUCGGACCUGUUCAUCGGGGCCAGAGUCACCAUCUUUUCGAGGCAGCUGAAGCUCGUCCAGUACGGCGACGUCUUCACACGCAAAUGCCUCGAGACAAGGAGAUCCAGGUGGAGUGGAUGGGGGACAGGAUCGAGAGAAUUGUGUGUGGAAUUGUGUCAUUGAUUGCAAUGGUUUAUCAGGACUCUCGCGUUGGUGAAGCCGGAUGGGUAUCAGAAGAUGGGGCGGAUUCUGCAGGCGGCCAUCGACGCGGGGCUGAUUGUCAGCCGCGUCAAGAUGGUGCGGCUCGCGCCGCAAGACACGGCCGACUUCUGCGGGGCCAUACCCACAUACGCACAGGUACAGUACACACAGCCAUCCCGUGUUUUGAUGUGUCUCUCCACGUCUGCGUGUCUGUCUGUCUGUCUGCCAGGAUAGCGGUGUCUUUGACCGUGCGGUGCAGUUCAUGUCUAGCGACGUGGUGGUGGCCAUUGAGCUGGUGGGGCAGGAUGCAGUGGCCACAUGGAAACGCAUCAUCGGCCCCGACGACCCCGCAGUGAGCACAUGGACAGACGGACAGACGGACAGACGGAUAGACGGACAGAUCCAGAGGGAGGGAGGGAGGGAGGGAGGGAGAGAGACACACACAGAGAGAGAGAGAGAGAGAGAGACCAAGCAGACAAAGAGAGCGAAACCAGGGAGCCCUUUGUGUGUACUGUACGUGCAGCAAGCCAAGGCGCAGUCUCCUCAGAGUCUGCACGCGUCGUGUGGCGGUGAGGACGUUGUGCAGAAUGCCGUCCACGGCAGCGACUCCAACGAAAUGGCCCGCCUGGAGCUGGAGUUCUUCUUCGACAGGAAGUGGCAGGUGGGUACACACAACACACUACACACGUCUGUAGCUGUCACGUCACCUCAUGUGUGUCCGUGUCGUGGGGUGGGGUGCACUGCAGCCGACGGCUUUGGUUAACCACUGUUCGUGUGCAGUCAUUCGUCCGCACGCCAUGAGACAGGCGGGGCACAUCAUAGGUAGGUUCACCACGCCACACGGCUUGGGAGAGAGAGAGAGAGAGAGAGAGAGAGAAAGAGAUUCUGACACCAACCGUUGACCGCUGGGUGUCUGUCAUGUGGAGGUAGAUGACAUUCUGAAGGCGGGGUUUGAGGUCUCUGCGAUGGAGCUCUUUCAGCUCAACAAACAGAUGGCUCAGGAGUUCCUGGAAGUCUACAAGGUAUUCAUUAACCAGGAGGGAAACAACUGAGACACACAGAACGAACGAACGCUCCCGUGCGUGUGAUUCCAUUGAUUGCGUAUUGUCAGACGGCGUUGCCUGAGUACAGCAGUUUGGUGGAGCAGAUGUGUUCGGGCCCCUGCCUGGCCAUGGAGAUUAGGCAGGAGAAUGCCGUUCAGACCUUCAGGGACCUCGUAAACACAGCACACACAAGGCACCACCGAACCAAACGAGACACGCAGGACAGGGAAAGGACAUGUGGUGUAGGUGGGGCCCCACGACCCGGACAUCGCAAGAGCUUUGCGGCCCAACACACUACGAGCAAAGUGAGACAGACAUUCUUGCUGCACAGACAGGUGAUGAGGUGAUUGAGGUUCGCUGGCUGCCCGCCUGCCUGUUGCUCAGGUACGGCAUCGAUCGCGUCAAGAACGCCGUGCACUGCACAGACCUGCCGGAGGACGGCGCGCUGGAGGUGGGCGGGCCAGUGAGGUGUGUCGACCAAAACCGUUUGGGCUCAUGGGGCUGGCUGUGUGUCGUGGGUUGACGACAGGUCGAGUUUUUCUUCAGCAUCCUGCAGCAGCAGCAGCAGCAGCAGCAGGGCUCAUAGAUAGCUUGGUGUUGGUUGGUGUGUGGUCGAAGGACAGCUAUCCUCGUUCGUGUGUGUGGACGGGGGGCAUCCAUGAUCGAUGAACGGCAUACACGCUCAUGCAAAGUGAAGGCACAAGUCGAGCGCCCUGGCCUGCCUCCAUGCCGUGUGUAGCUUGGGGGUUAAUUAAAACGGUGUCCGGCAG